UGAGGACACGGUGAGGCGCAGGAAUUGGCAAAGAGCAGCGAGUCCAAACAUUGCUCUUUACGGACGUUACAACUCCCCCUGACACAGGAGGAACAAGCAGUCAGCCACCUGUGCAUGAAGACCAGUCGAAGGCAGCUAUGUCUUCAGUGGUGGAUCUAAAGACCAAGGAGGAGAAGGAUGCAGAGUUGGACAGACGAAUUGAAGCUCUGAGGAAGAAGAACGAAGCUCUGGUCAAGAGGUAUCAGGAAAUAGAGGAAGACAAGAAGAAGGCAGAGCAGGAGGGCAUUGCCGUGACAACACCUCGGAAACCCCGCCCACACGAGCCGGAGACGGACAGGAGGAAGACAGAGAAAGAAAACUUCACCGUCACAGUCGACGUUUCUAAGCUGACAGGG